AUGGGGUGCCUUAUGGAGCACCAUGUAUCCAGAGUGUACACACAAAUAUUUAAUUACCGAAAACGAAUUACUUUAAUAUCGAGCGCAUUAUUCGCCAGCCAUCCCAUACAUGUGGAGUCAAUCGCUUCUAUAGUAGGCCGGGCCGAUGUCGGCGCCGCUGUUUUCUACAUACUCUCCAUUAUGUGUUAUAUUAAAUAUUGUAAAUAUAGCGACAGUAACGGCAAAACACACAACACUUACUUAUACACGUCGCUAGUAUUGGCCACACUCUCAAUGUUGACCAAAGAGCACGGCAUUACAGCACUGGGUGUUUGUGCCGUUUAUCACCUAUUCAUUCAUUACAAGUUAUUUCCAUUAACACCCGAAACCAUCUAUGCUAUCAUUUCAGAAAGACGCUACAAAUACCUGCGAAAAGGGAUCAUUCAUUUAAUAUUGAGUGGUAUUAUAUUAAUUGGCGUUCGGGUAGGAGUGAUGGGAUCGACACCGAUGUUCGCCCCGUCAGACAACCCCGCGAGUGACAGCCCUUCUGUGAUAAUAAGAUUUCUGACAUUUCUAUAUUUACCGGUUUUCAACUUCUGGCUCCUGAUAUACCCCCGGUAUCUAAGCUUCGACUGGUCUAUGGAAUCGAUUCCAUUAAUUCAAUCAAUGGCUGAUUCGCGAAAUAUAAUUUCCCUUAUAUUCUACAUGAGUCUCAUUUUCUUACUUAAAUUCCUUCUACAAUACUAUUAUAAUAAAUGCUCUGAAAUGAAGCAAAUGAACGACAACUGGACCACUGGAUGUGGUUGUGCUCCGUGUUGUUAUCAACACCAACACCACUCGCAUUACAAACACUUGAAACGACCCUUUAAUCUCAAGUCUAAUAAUAAUAAUUCGUUGUGCAGUGAAGACGAGUACAACAUCGGAGGCACUAAUAAUAAUGGAGUGAUAAGUGGUGUGAAUAGCACUUUGGAGGAGACAUAUAACUCAACGAUGACCAGAACUGAUUGCAUAACAAUGGCUUUGUCUCUAUUGAUCAUUCCCUUCAUUCCGGCCACAAAUCUCUUCUUUUACGUGGGAUUUGUGAUCGCAGAGCGAAUACUAUAUAUUCCUAGUUUCGGAUAUUGCCUUCUCAUAGCUAUAGGAAUCGAUUCACUUCUUAAACGCAAAACCAUUAGAUUUGUCACAUUUAUUGCAUUAUCACUACUUUUGAUAUCAUUUUCUUUGCGAACAUUUAUCAGAAAUAUUGAUUGGCUUUCAGAAGAAAAUCUCUAUCGUUCGGGCAUUGAUAUCAAUCCACCAAAAGAAUCUAUAUUGACUUUUGGCUCAAAAUAUGCACUUUAUUUCAUAGCUUAUGGAAAUUUAGCGAAUAUAUUGAGCGCUCAGUCAAAGAAGAAAGAAGCAGAAAAUGCUUAUAAGAAAGCCCUCACCUAUAGGUUCAAUAUGGCUGAUGUCCACUACAAUCUGGUUAGACACUUUUCGGAAGAUUCUUAUUAUCCCAAUAUCUUCCUGCCCAAAAUACGCGUAUUUCAGCAUAUUCAUCGACACACCACUGGCUAUGUCUUCGGCAGUCUUGUACAUUAUAAUCGUGUGAUCGACGAUAUAAUCGUUCUCGUGAUCGCGAGGACCGGCCGAAUAGUAGACCCGAUAGGCACGAGUGGCCGCCUCUAUCUGUUCCUUAGUUCCCGUCAAACCGAUUAUAUCUUCGGAGAACUCUUUGAGGUAUCCUUUGACGGCUUCAGCCGAGUCUCUGUCGGGAUCUACUGUUAUGAAUACGGAGACAAUUUCAAUGGCUUUGACCAUCUUUUCGAUCUCAUCCGGACAUAUGUCCGGACAGUGAGUAAAUCCAAAGUAGAGAAGAAGCCAUUUGCCCAACAAGUCUUUGGAUGA